AAAAGAAAAAAGAAAAAAUGGAUUCCGAAGCUUCCGGUUCAGCUGGUCCGUCCGUAAAAAUCCUCCGUGGGUAAAUGAGAGAGAAGAAGAACAAGGUGCUAUGGCGACAAUGAUUGAGGAAAAUGGUCCUUCGAGUCACGAGCAGCCCGAAGUGUCCUCGUCCUCCCAGGCCAGGCUCAAACUAGAAGGGCUCCUGAACAAGAACAUGAGGAUCCGCAUGACGGACGGACGGACCCUGGUGGGGCUUUUCCUCUGCACAGACCGGGACUGCAACGUCAUCCUGGGCUCGGCUCAGGAAUUCCUCAAAUCCACAGACACAUUCUCUCAGGGCGAACCUCGCGUCCUUGGCCUGGCCAUGAUCCCCGGUCACCACGUGGUAUCCAUCGAGGUGGAGGCCGACAAUCUGGAGGACACACAAGGAUUUGUAGCGAACCACUGAUUAAGCCAUUCGGACAACGCUCCGCAUCCAUGUGACUGACUCUCAAAGAGCCAGAUGUGAGGCUGUGACUGAGACCAGGGAACGACAGAAAAUCUUUCACAGCAGAUUUUAUCAGGGUUUUUUUUCCCUGACUCUGAAGAUACAGAACUCCAGUGUCAGGAUUCUGGAUUUAACCUCCACGCGUGAAGAAGCGUCCAUUUGUAGUGACAGCUGUACAGUGCAGCGUGUGUGUAAAACACGAUGGUGAAUGAAUGUGUGAGGAAAUGUUUAAGGGCUGUGUGCGGUAAAAUGUCUUUGUUACAAAGUGUUUUAAAAUAAAUUUCUGUAUUUCUGUC